CUCACCCUCACAAAGCACAAUUGUGGGACCCACUCUCCACCCCAAAGCCCCCUCUCUUCUUCCUACAAGCAAAAUCAAAAUCAAGAAGAAAUCACCACCACACGAAGCAAAAUCACUCUCUCUCGCAAGUCGCAACAACAAAAUCAUUUCCACGUUAAACCUCACAAUGGAAGAACACUCAGUGGGACCUCUCGUCCCUGCAGUAGUGAAACCCGAACCUUCUAAACCGUUUUCCUCCGACAACACCGUCGCCGGCGAAAUUUUCCCGGUCGCUUCCAUGUCCGAGCCGGAUAAAGACUUCCUCUGUCCGAUUUGUAUGCAGAUAAUCAAAGACGCGUUCCUCACCGCUUGUGGUCAUAGCUUCUGCUACAUGUGCAUCAUUACUCAUCUUCGUAACAAAAGCGACUGUCCUUGCUGUGGUCAUUACCUCACCAGCAGUAACUUGUUCCCGAACUUCCUUCUCGAUAAGCUACUAAAAAAGACGUCCGAUCGGCAAAUUUCAAAGACUGCUUCCCCUGUGGAACAUUUCCGGCAGGCGUUACAAAAGGGUUGUGAUGUGACAAUGAAGGAGCUCGACACACUUUUGUCACUCCUUGCCGAGAAAAAAAGAAAAAUGGAACAAGAAGAAGCUGAGAGAAAUAUGCAAAUAUUAUUAGAUUUCUUGCAUUGCUUACGCAAGCAAAAAGUUGAUGAGUUGAAGGAGGUACAAACUGAUCUCCAGUUCAUAAAGGAGGACAUUGGUGCAGUGGAGAAACAUAGAAUGGACUUGUAUCGUGCUCGGGACAGGUACUCUGUGAAAUUGCGGAUGCUUGAUGAUUCUGGUGGAAGGAAAUCAUGGCAUUCAUCAAUGGACAGGAAUAGCAGUGGCCUUGCAUCUAGUCCCUUAAAUAUUCGAGGAGGGUUGUCUUCAGGGAGCCAUACUAAGAAAAAUGAUGGAAAGUCUCAAAUCAGCUCUCAUGGGCACGGAAUCCAGAGAAGAGAUCCCAUCAGUGGAUCAGAUUCGCAAUUUAUAAAUCAAUCGGGUCUUGCUCUAGUUAGAAAAAAGAGGGUGCAUACACAGUUCAAUGACCUACAAGAAUGUUAUCUACAAAAACGACGGCAGACUGCAGAUAAGCCACAUGGCCAACAAGAAAGAGAUACAAAUUUCAUAAGUCGAGAAGGUUACAGUGGUGGUCUUGAAGAUUUUCAGUCAGUCUUGACAACUUUCACACGCUACAGUCGAUUGAGAGUCAUUGCAGAAAUAAGGCAUGGGGAUAUAUUUCAUUCAGCCAACAUCGUUUCAAGCAUAGAGUUUGACCGCGAUGAUGAUUUGUUUGCUACUGCUGGAGUUUCACGACGCAUUAAAGUUUUUGACUUUUCCGCGGUUGUGAAUGAACCCACAGAUGCUCAUUGUCCUGUUGUGGAGAUGACUACACGUUCAAAACUUAGUUGCUUGAGUUGGAACAAAUAUGCUAAGAAUCAAAUAGCUAGUAGUGAUUAUGAAGGAAUUGUGACUGUUUGGGAUGUGACCACUCGAAAGAGUUUAAUGGAAUAUGAAGAGCAUGAAAAGCGUGCAUGGAGUGUUGAUUUUUCAAGAACAGAUCCCUCUAUGCUUGUAUCUGGUAGUGAUGACUGUAAGGUCAAAGUUUGGUGCACAAAUCAGGAGGCCAGUGUUCUAAAUAUAGACAUGAAAGCAAACAUAUGUUGUGUGAAGUAUAAUCCUGGAUCUGGGAAUUACAUUGCAGUUGGGUCAGCAGACCAUCACAUUCAUUAUUAUGAUUUGAGAAAUAUUAGUCGUCCAGUCCAUGUUUUCAGUGGGCACAAGAAGGCUGUUUCAUACGUGAAAUUUUUGUCCAAUGAUGAACUUGCAUCGGCAUCAACAGAUAGUACACUGCGAUUAUGGGAUGUGAAGGAAAACAUACCGGUUCGUACUUUCAGAGGCCAUGCAAAUGAGAAGAACUUUGUUGGCCUUACAGUAAGCAGUGAAUACAUUGCAUGUGGCAGUGAAACAAAUGAAGUAUUUGUCUACCAUAAGGAAAUCUCCAAGCCUCUUACUUGGCAUAGAUUUAGUUCCCCUGACAUGGAUGAUGCGGAAGAUGAGGCUGGAUCUUACUUCAUCAGUGCUGUAUGCUGGAAGAGUGAUCGCCCCACCAUACUAACUGCAAAUAGUCAAGGCACUAUCAAAGUGCUGGUGCUUGCAGCUUAAACACAAGGAAAAAUAAAUUAGAAAGUUGAAUCGGUAUUAUCUGUUCCUAUGCUACAAAUUGUUGUACCAUUAAAAUUGUACAUAUUAUUUGAGUGUAUAUUGGUAGGUUUUAGGGAUCUUAAUGAAGUAUUAGCUGAGGACAAACUAUAUGAUAAAUCAAUUAAUUAGAGAAACUGAGCUUUUACCAAUUAA